AUAAAAUCACCUUAACUGCUUACUAAGUUACCAUACUGACAGUGCACCUGCGCAACGACAAGUACUAGAUCUACAAAAUACAAGUCAACCAAGAAGCGAUCGAUGAGUAGCACAAAGCUCAUCUUGUGCUUCCUACUUCUGUUCCUAACCCUCAAUCUUUCAGCUUCCAGCACCGGUGGUGACCAUGAAAGAUUCAUGUACGCCGGCUUCACUGGUGCCAAUCUCACCAUGGACGGCUCAGCAAAAAUCAUACCAACCGGCCUGCUUGCACUGACAAAGGACACGUUCAGGGCUCAAGGCCACGCGUUGCACCCGGCUCCACUCCGCUUCGGUCAGUCUAAUGGAAUGGUGACAUCUUUCUCUGUUUCAUUUGUGUUUGGUAUUCUCUCUUCAUUUGGUGACAUAAGGGGCCAUGGUUUCGCCUUCUUCAUAGCUCCCACCAAUAAUUUCUCCUCCGCCUUCCCAAUCCAGUUCCUGGGCCUUCUCAAUGAUAAAAACAACGGUAGUUUGAGCAACCAUCUCUUUGCCAUCGAAUUUGAUACCAUCCGAAACAAUGAGUUUGGGGACAUCGACAACAACCAUGUUGGCAUUGACAUAAAUAGUCUGAAUUCUAUGCAAUCCUAUCAUGCUGGCUUCUACGAUGACAAGGGUGGCACAUUCACAAACUUGAGCCUCAUCGGAGGAGGGCCAAUUCAAGUUUGGAUAGAGUACGACGGGUACACCACAUUAACUAAUGUGACCAUAGCUCCUCUUGGCAUGGCUAGACCUAUAAGGCCACUACUCUCAGUUACCCGUGACCUUUCUACAGUGUUUACAAAUCAAUCAUAUCUUGGUUUCUCAUCCUCAACAGGCUUAAGCACAGCUCAUCACUACGUUCUUGGUUGGAGCUUUGGUAUGAACAGUCCCGCUCCAACCAUUGACUCUACCAAGCUACCCAAGCUACCCGAACCACCUAAUUAUAGUGGUCCAAGAACUCAAUCCAUUCUAUUAAUCCUUCCACUAAUAGGGUCAAUUCUAUUGGUAUUAAUUAUUGGCAUUGUGGUUCUACUUGUGAGGAGACAACUUGUGUACAAGGAGGUACGCGAAGAUUGGGAAGUUGAAUAUGGUCCACGCCGGUUUGCUUACCAGGAUCUAUUUCGCGCAACUAGAGGAUUUAAGAACAAUAACUUGGUAGGAAUAGGUGGGUUUGGAAAGGUGUACAGAGGGGUUCUUCCAAUAUCGAAAUUACAGGUUGCUGUUAAGAGGGUAUCAUAUGGCUCAAAGCAGGGUAUUAAAGAAUUUAUAGCUGAAGUAGUUAGUAUAGGGAAUCUCCAACACCGCAACAUUGUACAAUUAUUUGGAUAUUGCCGGCGCAAGAAUGAACUCCUUUUGGUAUAUGACUAUAUGGAAAAUGAAAGUCUCGACAAGCACUUAUACAAUUUUCAUGGCCAACCAACUUUGAAUUGGUCACAAAGGUUCAAAAUUAUCAAAGACAUUGCCUCGGGCCUGCUCUACUUACAUGAGGAGUGGGACAAAGUUGUAAUUCAUCGAGAUGUCAAGGCAAGCAACGUGCUUAUUGAUAAGGAGAUGAAUGCAAGAUUAGGAGAUUUCGGUCUCUCACGACUAUGUGACCACGGCAGUAACCUACAUACAACAAAUGUUAUCGGCACAAUAGGAUACUUAGCUCCAGAGCUAGUUCACACAGGCAAAGCAACUACACUUAGUGAUGUCUUUGGUUUUGGCAUCUUCCUUCUUGAGGUUUCUUGCGGGCAAAAGCCUAUCAGGCAAAACUCGGAAGGUAAACAUCUCAUCUUGGUUGAUUGGGUGGUUGAGAAUUGGCAUAAGGGAUCACUUCUUGAUACAAUGGAUAGAAGGCUCCAAGGUAACUACAAUAUCGAUGAAGCCUACCUUGCACUGAAGCUAGGAUUAUUAUGCUCACACCCAUUUUCAAACGCAAGGCCCAAUAUGCGGCAAGUUCUGCAAUACCUCGAUGGCGAUGCGCAGUUGCCAGAACUAAAUGUGUCCGUGAUGUAGAAAUUAAAGAAGCAGUCAACUUGUCCGCAAUGCCAUCGUUUCCGUUUCAAGUGUGAUGAGAGAUGAGCAUUUUGGUUCAACUAUACUUGCUGCCUCUGACUACACGUGGAAGAUGAUUUGGCUAUAUUAAUUCAAUGUGUGCUGCUAAUCUGGCGCAGAGAAUUUGGACGGCCCAAAUGAUACAAAAUAUUGCUUGUUUGCUAUUUUCUAUAUAUUGAUAUUUUAUUGAGGACUAAUGUAUACUGUAUUUAUCGAACGUAAUAAGAGGCGCCCUGUAUGUCCAAGUU